AUGACUUUCUACUUUCUAGAUGGUGAAUGGGAAUGCGAGCCGUACCCAAUGGUCGACAGAUUCUGGCCUGGGCCUUACCGCGCACAUUACGACUCUGGCACUGGUAUCGGGCUCAGCGAGGCCAUUUCCCGGGUCUUGAAGUUUGCCAAUGCCAAUGGGCCGUUUGAUGGUAUCAUGGGCUUUUCGCAGGGCGCAGCGCUCACCGCAGCGGUGCUGGCACGGAUGCACAAAAUUGAUGCUUCGAACAGCUUCUUCAAAUUUGGCAUCUUGAUGUGCGGUGGAAGGCCAACGGAAGUUGGAUCGAAUGCUCGAUGGCCCUCGAAACGCUUCUACCGACCCCCAAGAAACAGCCUCAGCCUCUCAACCUCUAGACUGAAUGAAAAAACUCAGCUGGUGACCUCUCAUCCAUCACCAAAGAUCCGAAUACCCACCGCUCACUUUGCUGGUAUCCGAGACCCGCUCUACGAAGAAACGCUUGCUCUGUAUUCCACUGCAGAUCAGGAAAGUGCUUUGCUUUGGGAGUUCGACGACGGGCACACUAUACCACGUAACAGCAUGGCCACGGCUCAGAUGGCGGCAAUCAUUAGGAAAACAGCUCGCCGAGCGAGCGAAGACCGGGAGUAA